GUGUGUUGGUUAAACUGUAAAUUGAACAAAAUGGCAGGAAAGCAAAUAUGUAAUUUGCUCAAUAAUUCUAAUAAAAUAACAACUAAUAAAUUACCAGUUAUUAAUUAUUUUUAUCGUUCAUAUGCAUCAUGGGAACCUCGUGAUAUUGAAACACAUACUGGCCAGAAAUUUGAGCCAGAUGAUAAAAGAUUAGUGAGAUUUAUUGAUCGACCAAAAGAAGUUAAUAAACAAUGGGCAAUUAAUUUAAUUAAUGAAGUUCCACCACAACAAACUGAAGAUCGUAUUGUAUGUUGUAAUGGAGGUGGUGGUCCACUUGGUCAUCCAAAAGUUUACAUAAAUUUGGAUAGACCUGGUAAUCAUGCUUGUGGAUAUUGUGGUCUUCGUUUUACCAAAGAAGAUCAUCAUCAUUGAUAAAAAAAUUAUAAAUAAAUAUUUAAAAUAAAACAAACAUCAUACAGUAGUUGAAAAAAUGAAUAAAUAAAGAAAAUUUAAAUUAUCAAAUAUAGUUAAAUGUUAUAUUAUUAAUUAAAAAAUACAAUAAAUUUUUAACAAUAAAAAAUUUAUUAAACUCUUAACA